AUGGCAGAACUCCCUUCUGGACUGUUAGAGGCAUGCGUGGUGGUUGGAGCCUCAAAUGAUAAACUCAGAGAUGUCUACCAGCUACAUCAGCAAAAAAAGUUUGUGGACUUUCCCCUAAUGGAUGCAGAGGUACUGCAAGUCCACAUCCCACCUUUUGUCACCAAGGAGACCAAUUCCAGUCACGCCAUUGGUCCGUCCUUUAGCCGUGUGCAGCGGCGGAGAAGUUUCAUUAAGAAGAGACGAGACCGAGUUGCAGGCCCGACUCAUAACGGGGAAUCCGCCAAUCAUUCUGAAGUCUCCUCGGCAACUGAGGACAUCAGCGUUCCAAAGGAUCUGGAUCUUAUCGCGUUACCACAGCUGUGUUUUCCAGGUGGUCUCCAGUUGGCCCAUGAGCAGAAAGAAGAUGCUUAUCACUUCCUAGUCUUUACUGACCUGUUGGGGAACCGAACUCAUGGAGUUGUGGCGCAGUUUUACAGAUCUGUGCAGUCCUGUCAGGAAGCUGCCAUCCAGAACGGCCAUCGCUGGAUUUCAUCGAAAUGCCGUCUUUUCACUCCCUUCGCCGUGUGUGUCAUUUCCAAGUUACCUUACUACAACGCUUUAAGGGACUGCUUGUCAUGUUUGUUGGCACAGCUCCGGCCCGUGAGGCAAGCCGACUUUGCGGAAACCUUGAAGGAGUUUUCCGCCAAGUUGUCCCUGGUUCCUUUACCGCCACCCGGACAACUACACGUGUGCUUUAGCCUACGUCCCCUGCAAGUGGUUCUUCCAUCUAGGGAGGAGCAGGACAGUCCUAUUUUUGACGUGGACUUGCACCUUCCUUUGCUCUGUUUCUCACACGCGACACUCCUCCAGAUUUUGUCCUGCCUCCUCCAAGAACAACGGCUGGUUUUCUUCUCAAGCGACUGGGCCAGACUCACUUUGGUUGCCGAGUGCCUCCUUCUCUAUCUGCAGCCUCUCACCUGGCAGCACCCCUACGUUCCUGUCCUGUCUCGAGGCAUGCUGGACUUCCUGAUGGCGCCUACGGCCUUCCUGAUGGGCUGCCAUAUUAGUCAUUUUGAAGAAGUAGCUGCGGAGACGGAGGAUCUCAUCCUGGUGAAUAUUGACGACGGUAUCAUUCAGUCAUCAUGGGCGGACGUCGUCGACCUAGCCACGAUUCCUCUGACUGCGGCUGAGUGUUUUAUUUCAAGAGCUGAGUCGCUACAACUUCACUAUGACUUGGAGCUGUGUCACCUGGGAUCGGCCACCGACGCCAAUGCCAUGCGAGCUCAGCGGCGAGCCUGGCAGAGACGACUCAACAAGCAGAUACAAAAUAUUUGCCUGGAACUGCUGGUCAACAUCUUUAGAGGAGUCCAGGACUUUCUAAACCAUGAGCAUCGAGUUUUUAACAGUGAGGAGUUUUUGAGAAACCGGGAUCCAUCAGACCAGCUAUUUUACAAAAAGGUUCUAGACACUCACAUCUUUCACUCAUUCCUGCGAGACAGGCUCAACAGGAAACAAGACAGCUUCAGCCGCAUGGAGCAAAACACGCGCAACCUUGCACAGAGGAAUCGCGGAGUGACAGAAUCACCCCGCCGUCCGCCCAUGUCCGAGCUGUCGCGGAACGGCUAUAACAGCUAUGCUAGCCCAGAUAACCGACUGAGCAAGCGGCUGGGAGCCAGCAUGCCCAACCUGGACCAGUCGGUCCAUGAAACUCUCAAUGGCAUCAGCCCCGUAAGACCGGCAUCGCUUAGGAAAAUGACCCCUGACAUUGGGUUGAAACUUCCUCAAAAACCCGUGAAGGUUUUCCGCCUCCCCGAAUUUCCUCCUCCUUUGGCAUAUCAUUACGUCCAGAACUAUUAUUCGGAAAUGGUUGCGAACCUAGGGAAGGCUAUUAGCGCCACUCCUCCUGAAGAAUCUGCUUUGCUGGCAAGGUAUCACUACUUGCGCGGUUUGGUCAACACAGUGUCAAACAGACGAUUGGACGCUUUGGAAGACUUCCAGAGUCUUUAUAAGACCGACUCCGACAUAUUUCCUCUGCAGAUGGUUAAGUCUCUGGUGGACUCACUUCCAGAAGCCGAGCGUUUGCAGGCAGACAGGCGCCCAGAACUGAAGCGUCUCAUCAGCCGCCUCAAGCGGGACCAGGAACGCGAGCGACACGACACAAAGAACGACGACGGAGCCGUAAAACGCUUCCAGCUACCGAAAAAAUACAUGCAUCUGGAUGAGUUUGUGAAGUGCGUCCAGGAAUCUGGGAUAGUGAAAGACCUAGGGACAAUUUACAGGCUUUUUGACGCACUCACUGUUGGUCAUCAGAAGCAAGUUGGCCCUGACUUGUUUCGAGUUUUCUACACUAUUUGGAAAGAGACUGAAGCUGAGGCACAGGAGGUAUGCUUGCCUGCAUCUGUAUUGGAGCACAUCGAACCCAGCGAGUGCGUCUUUAAGCUGUCCUCCUCGGUCAAGACGAGCCGCGGCGUGGGCAAGAUCGCGAUGACCCAGCGGCGGCUUUUCCUGCUGACGGACGGACGGCCAGGCUAUGUUGAGGUGGCGCAGUAUAGGGAUUUAGAGGAAGUAAAAGUGUCCUCAGCUCCUUUCCUCCUCUUACGAAUCCCCAGCUUGAAGCUGCGCGUGAGGGGAAGGAAGGAAGCUUUUGAGGCCAAUUUGAAGACUGAGACGGAACUUUGGAACCUUAUGGUCAAAGAGAUGUGGGCUGGACGAGACAUGGCUGACCAGCACAAGGACCCCCAGUAUAUGCAGCAGGCCUUGACUAACGCCUUGCUGAUGGACGCGGUAGUUGGCAGUCUCCAGAGUAGCAAAGCGACUUACGCCGCCUCCAAGCUAGCUCACUUUGACCGCAUCAAGAUGGAAGUGCCAAUGAUGGUUCCCAGGACGACCGCCGAGGCACUGAAGCACAAAAUUAAUCCUUCCUUGGAACUUGCCGCGCCUCGAUCCGUUGAUGUUCUUCUGUACACGCCAGGUCAGUUGUGGGUGUCAGUGAGCGGUGGCAAGGUGAUGGUGUUUGACGCCUCCAGCUGGUCCCUGACACACACGUGUCAAGUCGGGAAUGCCAGACUGAACUGCAUGCUGGCAGUAGACAAAGACCAAGUGUGGAUGGGUUCCGAAGAUUCCGUCAUCUAUAUCAUUAGCAUAGUGGCCAUGGUCUGCAACAGGCAACUGACGGAUCACAGGUCCGAGGUGACCGGACUUGCUCUCGACACAGACAAAUAUAGUCAGAAGGUGGCAUACUCCUGCAGCGCCGAGGGAACAGUUAUAGUGUGGGACGUCUCCACACUGCAGGUGAAGAAGAACUUUCGCCUCUCCUGUGACCGCCUGCAGUCGGUCUACAGCUAUAAUGUGACCCUGUGGUGCUGUUCCAGGGACAGCAUCAUGGAGGUGUGGCGGAAUGGAACUUUAAAACAUCGUCUCAAUCUGCCAGAGCAACACAAAGGGUCCACAGUUACAUUCAGCACUGUGCUGUUGAUACACGAGAGGGAGGAGCUAUGGAGCAUAUGUGCAGACUCUGGAGACGUAUGUAUUUGGCAUGCAAAAGAUGCGUCAAAACCUUACCACCGUGUGGCGCUUCAGGACUGCACAGGAUGUCAUUGCAUGAUUAAAGUGAAAAAUCAGGUGUGGGUUGGCGGCGUCGGCCGCACCUCCAGUAAAGGGAAAGUCUACAUACUGGACGUGGAGCGCCGCCAGGUCCUCAAGGAGCUCCACGGUCACAGCGACAAGGUGACGGCGCUGUGCUCGGCCGAGGACCGCUACGUCCUCAGCGGCGCCGCCAAACACGAUGGCAAGAUCGCCAUCUGGAAGGUGGAGUAG